ACGCAGUGAGAUCCUCCAUAACAGUCGGUAUUAAGAAGAUUUUGCAAUACCGUCUCUCAUAUACGCCACUGAAUGCACCCAAUUUGUUCUUCUGAGCUAUUCUGAACGCAGCCAUUGAGUCUGAUACAUGAAUGCAUAGGGGAUGUGAUCAUAAAAAUUAUUGGUACUUGAAUUCCACGUGUUCGAUCAGUUCAAACUGAUUAUAUUACAGUUGAAUAUAGUUUAAACUGAAAAUGCCGAAAGGAAAAACGAAGAGAUUUAUCGAUAAGAAGAAUUCUGUGACAUUUCAUCUGGUACAUCGUUCACAAAAAGAUCCGUUAAUAGCGGAUGAAACAGCACCACAGAGAGUACUUGUUCCAGCUGGUGAUACACAACCUGCUAAAAGUGAAAAAAAGGCAGCAGACGAGAAGCGCAAAGAGGAACAGCGUAAAUUUGGAAUCUAUUAUGAUGAUGACUAUGAUUAUCUGCAACAUGUUAGGGAUGUUAAAUCACUGUCGGUUGAAUGGCAACGUGUUGAGAAUACCAAUGUUUCCAAAAGCUCUAAUAACAAGGAUGCUCCAAAAAUUAACUUACCAUCUUCUGUAUUUGCUUCCAAUAUUGAAGAAAAGGUUGGCAUGCUCAACAAAGCAGCACCAAUUUCUGGGCCACAGUUGAAUCUUGAUCCAGAUGUGGUUGCAGCAAUGGAUGAUGAUUUUGACUAUGAUGAUCCAGAGAAUCAAUUAGAGGAUAAUUUUUUUGUAUUAGCUAAUGCUGGAAGUAGUGAUGAUGAUGGUUUUGAUAAAGAAUAUGAAUAUGAAUUAAAUGAAUCAGAUAAUGAAUAUGAUCAGUCAGAUAUUUCCUCUGAGGGUCACAUGGAAUUCUCUGAUGAAAAGAAUGAAGAAGAAGAUGAAGUAGGCAGCUUGAAAGGACCUCUAUAUACUUUUGAGGAUGAGGAGACAAAGUCCCGAUUUACAGAAUAUUCAAUGAGCAGUAGUGUGAUGAGAAGAAAUGAACAACUUACGCUACUAGAUGAUAAGUUUGAAAAGAUAUAUGCUGCUUACGAUGAAAAUGAGAUUGGUGCUUUAGAUUGUGAUGAAAUAGAAGGAUACAUUGCACAUGACUCGAACUUUGUGCUACAGUGUGCUGCAGAAUAUGAGAAGAAACAAAAAGAAGAUACGGAAAAUAUCGCGGAGCUUAUGAAAGAUAGAAUGAAGAUUAUGGAGAGAGAAAGUUCAAGUUCAGAAGAUGAAGCCGAAUUAGAAAAGCUCAUCGUUGAUGCCCGAAAAAAGGACAAAUGGGAUUGUGAAAGCAUUCUUAGUACAUAUAGUAAUAUUUAUAAUCAUCCUAAAUUGAUUGAGGAACCCAAACGUUUACAAAAAAUUAAAAUUGAUCCAAAAUCUGGUAUUCCAAAAAAUGUAUUUGGUAAUAUGUCUGGAAAAUUAACGGUUGAAAUGUUAAGUCAAUUUGAUUCUGAGAAUAAUAAGUUAGAACCGAGAGAUAUGCAAUCUGUAGCAGAAAGUAAGAAAUCUGAAUUAAGUGAACUAAACAUAAGGCCCAAAGGGGAAACUUCCGAUGACAGGAAGAAAAGGAAAAAAUUAUUCAAAGAAUAUAAAAAAGAGAGAAUGAUAGAACGGAAAACAAACAUCGAAACAUUUAAUGAAGAAAAUCACCGAGAGAAAAUACAGUUAAAUAACAAACUAUUUAUUCGUCAUGGGUACCAUGUAUUGUAAAGCGCGUAAAGAUGUCUCUCGAAAUACGAUUUUAAUUUAGAUUUUAAUAUUAUAUGUAAAAAAAUAUAUGGAUAUUGAAAAUAUUAUUUAGGCAUAUUAAUUUUUUGCAUUGAUAUUCAUUUGGUGAACUUAUAAGAUGUAUGCACAUAGUUGAGUCUAUAUUCAGAGGAAACGAAAAUGUAUGUUUCGAUUCGAUAUGCAUCUAUUUCACAUAAUCUUGCGAAAUUUUAUUAAGGUUUUUGAUAUUACAAUAGAUAAGAUUCAAUUAAAUUUGCAAUCAAUAACGUACACACAUUUGGCAUGCAGGAAUAUUUUGUGAUGUUUAGAUGUCCAAUGCAAGAGAAGUAAGGUAUACCUAAUAUAUAUAUUUUAACUU